AUGGAAGAAAUAGUCAAGACGAAUCUUAGGUCUCCUGCCACGCACCCCUUGACCUCUCUUGCCAGGGCUUAUGGCCACCCCUUGACCUCUCUUGCCAGGGCUUAUGGCCACUCCUUGACCUCUCCUGCCAGGGCUUAUGGCCACUCCUUGACCUCUCCUGCCAGGGCUUAUGGCCACUCCUUGACCUCUCCUGCCAGGUCUUAUGGCCACUCCUUGACCUCUCCUGCCAGGUCUUAUGGCCACCCCUUGACCUCUCUUGCCAGGGAUUAUGGCCACUCCUUGACCUCUCCUGCCAGGGCUUAUGGCGACUCCUUGACCUCUCCUGCCAGGGAUUAUGGCUACUCCUUGACCUCUCCUGCCAGGGCUUAUGGCGACUCCUUGACCUCUCCUGCCAGGGAUUAUGGCUACUCCUUGACCUCUCCUGCCAGGGCUUAUGGCCACUCCUUGGCCUCUCCUGCCAGGGCUUAUGACCACUCCUUGACCUCUCCUGCCAGGUCUUAUGGCCACUCCUUGACCUCUCUUGCCAGGGCUUAUGGCCACUCCUUGACCUCUCCUGCCAGGGCUUAUGGCCACUCCUUGACCUCUCUUGCCAGGGCUUAUGGCCACUCCUUGACCUCUCCUGCCAGGGCUUAUGGCCACUCCUUGACCUCUCCUGCCAGGGCUUAUGGCCACUCCUUGACCUCUCUUGCCAGGGAUUAUGGCCCCUCCUUGACCUCUCUUGCCAGGGAUUAUGGCCACUCCUUGACCUCUCCUGCCAGGGCUUAUGGCCACUCCUUGACCUCUCUUGCCAGGGAUUAUGGCCACUCCUUGACCUCUCUUGCCAGGGAUUAUGGCCACUCCUUGACCUCUCUUGCCAGGGAUUAUGGCCACUCCUUGACCUCUCUUGCCAGGGCUUAUGGCCACUUCUUGACCUCUCCUGCCAGGGCUUAUGGCCACUUCUUGACCUCUCCUGCCAGGGCUUAUGGCCACUCCUUGACCUCUCCUGCCAGGCCUUAUGGCCACUUCUUGACCUCUCCUGCCAGGUCUUAUGGCCACUCCUUGACAUCUGCCAGGCCUUAUGGCCACUUCUUGACCUCUCCUGCCAGGGAUUAUGGCCACUCCUUGACCUCUCCUGCCAGGGCUUAUGGCCACUCCUUGACCUCUCCUGCCAGGGCUUAUGGCCACUUCUUGACCUCUCCUGCCAGGGCUUAUGGCCACUCCUUGACCUCUCCUGCCAGGCCUUAUGGCCACUCCUUGACCUCUCCUGCCAGGGCUUAUGGCCACUCCUUGACCUCUCCUGCCAGACCUUAUGGCCACUCCUUGACAUCUGCCAGACCUUAUGGCACCGUAAGUCUUGUUUCUCUAUACAGGUGCUCACUCCUGCUGACUCGCCAGAUCUUUGCUACAAAUAUCAGAAGGACUGUAAGAAUAUAUUGGAUAUGA